CGAAGCAUGAUAGUAACGAACAGUAAAUAUUUACGAAUUAAGAAACUGAUAAAGAGAAAUUGAAUGACCGAGUAACAUCAAACCAGCCAAACGAAAGUCAGUCAAGAGCAGAACGUCGAUCAAAAAGCAGGAGAACAGGUUAAUGCUGUCGGUGAUUGUUGUCCCUUGUGUGUCUUGUCAGGUUGAACGCUGAACUUUAGUUAUUCCGUUAUAUUGGAUCUUCGAUAAGUCGAAUUGCGUCGUUCCCUAGAAUAAGGAGUACCUAAAAACCAUCGCAUCAAAAUGCAAACAAAGCUAUCUUUAGAACAGCUGAAUGCUCUCACAUCAGCAGAAUUCCAUAAAGUUUUCGAGAACGUCGUAGAGUCUUGGCCGGAAGCUGCCAUUUUUUGCUCCGCUAUGACACCAUUCAAAAGCUUCGACUCGAUGAUUACAACUUUUGACAACUAUCUGCAUCGACUAAGCCGUGAGAAUAAAUUGCGUAUUCUAAGAAUUCAUCCCGAUUUAGCUGGCAAACUAUUCGUGGAAAAUAAACUUACCGCGGAUUCCAGCUAUGAACAUUGUUGCGUUGGAUUAGACAAAUUAUCACCGGACGACCAGAAUCAGCUGACUAUUAUGAAUAAGAGGUAUAAAGAUAAAUUCGGAUUUCCUUUCGUUAUAUGUGUACGUGAAGCAUCUAAGUUUGAAGCAAUACUUAAAGGCAUUACAGAGAGAAUAAACAACAGUCCAGAUAUGGAGCUUGAAAUCGGAAUUAAUGAAGUGAAAAAGAUCUGCAGAUUAAGAAUCCUACAGUUGGUUAACAAUUUAUGAUCGAGCGAGCACUAUUUAUGAUAUUGAUUAAUCUGACAAGGCAUCGUUUGUACAAAAAUUUAACUAUUCAAUUAAAUAAAUGGGCAUCCAACGCAACUUACUGCGAAAAAGUA